UUAUUGAUGACUAAUAUAUGAAACCAAUGACUCAUUGGUGACCACUGUUUACAUGACAUGACAUGUGAUGACCGCAAGUGAUGUCCACACAUGAGUUGUCACUGAUGUCUGUUUGGACCAACUCUUUGACAAUAAGUUUAUGUCUUAUUUAACAUAAAAACAAAACAAUAGAUGAUUUGAAGUGAAGUGAAGUGAUGGCCAUCUUUGACACAAUUGAUAUCUAUUUGCGACGAUUCAAGAGAUUUGAUAAAUACUAUUCUGGUCGAAGACUUUUACUAUUAAUAAUUAUAAUUUUGGUGAUAAUUCUUUAUGUCAUUCCUCUGGUGUUUAACAAGUUGUGGACAAAAUCAGCCAAUUUUGCCGAUCACAACAUUGAAUGUGUUGAGCGACACAUCAAGCCGUAUGAAAAUGAAGAAAACAUUUUUGACACAAAAAUAUGGAAAAGUUAUGAAAUUCAUGAAAAUGGGAACCAUUUGCUGCCAUAUGUGGGAAACGGAAAGUUUGCAAUCGGUGUCCAAAAUAGUGAAAAUAGUUUUUACAUUAAAGGCAAACGAGCUCUUGAUUUGAAUUUACCGUUUCAUCCCAUUGUUGACAUCGACUCUUUUGGUGCAGAUUCGCGUCACGCAGAAAUAAUACACUUUAAGGAUGGGAUUGUUAAUCGGAUUACUUGUUUUGAUUAUCUUCGGAAAAGUGCAUCCAUUAAACAUACUUUUUAUGCCCAUCGACUCAUACCAACACUUUUUAUUCAAGAGAUUCGUAUAACUAAUCCAACGGAUGUGCCACUAAUUGUCAAAUUAAAUAGAAAGGGAUGGACUGGCAAUUCAAAUAUGAAAGUACAGUCAAUGGUAGUUCCAAAUAAGGCUCAUAAAGAGUAUUCAUUACUUGUUGGACAGUUAGAUGCUUCCCAAUGGGGACGCAGUAAUAAAGUGAUUGCAGUAGUGAUAGCUUAUUCUCAACUUUUGGAAACGAUUGAAGUGGACAGUCAUAGUUCGAAGACUAUACUUAUGCAAACAUUUAUCAAUUAUACCACACCGUCAUCACUGUCACAAAUUGCCGCAAAAGUGCCCGAUCUUAAGGUAUCAGUUCGUGAAAAUGUGAAAAAAGUGUUGGAAUUAUCUUCGACUGCAAUCGAGAGAUAUCAUAUAAAUAUGUGGAAUCAGCUCUGGAAUAGUGGUUUUGGAAUCAGUUAUUCCAAAGCACCCAAUGCUUUGAACGGUGAUGUUAUUAAUGCAACACUUUAUUAUGUGUUGUCACAGAAAAAUACAUUUCCAGUACAUUCAGAGUUAGUAAAUGUCAUUGAUUUUGGACAUCCAUUAUCUCAUAAUAAAGAACUUCUAUAUUCACCCGAUCACUGCUAUACCGGACAUUCAACACUAUUAGCCUCCACUUUAUGGUCUAAAUUAGACACUAUAAGUGAUAUCAACAGAAUUGCAUCCCUAUGGCUGCUGACCCUUGAAAAACAGGGAUGUCAUAAUUUGAUUAAUUCCGGCGCUCAGGGAGUUAUGCAGGCAAUGGUAUUAAGUAUGGCUUCUCUUCAAUUUACAAAAAAUCAUUUGGAAUUUAAUAGCCAUCCAAACGAAUUACACAGAAAUUAUUAUAUCAGAAGAGUUGUCUACGGAAAUGAAACACUCAUUAAUAUAACAGUCGCUCUUCAGGACAAUAAUAAGGCGCAGAUAUUUGUCUCAUUAGAAGCCAAAAAUGCAAACAAACACUUCUAUGCCUGUGAUGGCGGUUGUCUGGACGCACCCAUUGGUUUAAGUUAUAUACCCAAAGAGUUUCCGGUUAAACUAACUGAGCCAAUGACUGCAAUUCUAUACAUAACACCUGAUGAACAACACAUUAAAGACUUGAAGCAUACAAUUCACGUAAAGGAGAUCAUAGAGGCGCCGGCACACGAACACGAGGUCAUUGCUGUUCAUCGAUUUGGCACCAGUUAUGGAGGACUUCCCACUAUAUUCUGGGUUCUCAUAGUGUUUCUAAUUGUGAUAUUUCAUGUAUUUUUGGCAAAAUUAAUAUAUAAUGAGUAUUUCGGCGCUUCUGCCUCUUCAGUGCCUUACGAACGUCUCCGACAAAACAGGUACGCCAUGUAAUGGUCAACCCAUACAUCCAAGUCAUUCAUAUUUACUAACAAUUCAUUGAAAUUAUAUCUCAUUUCGUUAUUAAUUUACACUAUAAUAUUGUAUAUUUGGUAAACUAAAUAUUGAAAGGGAAUUGAAAACUAGUCUAUAUUUGUGUACAUACAGUAAAUAAUAAAAUUAAAUUUAUUAUUUGUCAUUAAAUUAUUUUUAAUUGUUAAUAAAUAAUUAGGCCAUAGUUUAUCAUAAUACAAAAAUUUGUCAAUAUUUUUAAGUAUAAAUCUAUUAAUCAUUUGGUCAAUAGUAGUGUACUAUUU